AGUGAACUCAUGUCAGUGGCUGAACUGGUGUCUACACACACAGUCAUGGAAAAGACAGUUGCUUUUGCUAAGAAAAUAUGGUGUGUAAAGAAACAGUUUGUUUUGCUUUUAACACCUCUGAUAUUUUUGCCAGUCCUUUUUUUUCUACCUCUUAAGGAAGGAAAAUGUCUUUAUGUGGUCCUUCUGAUGGCCAUGUACUGGUGCACAGAGGCUUUGCCUCUGGCUGUGACAUCAUUGCUACCAGUUGUUCUUUUUCCAUUCCUGGGAGUGUUAUCAUCAAGCAAAGUCUGUCCGCAGUAUUGCCUUGAUACAAACUUUCUUUUUCUCAGUGGCCUUAUCAUGGCGUCAGCGAUUGAAGAGUGGAACUUGCAUCGCAGAAUUGCACUCAAGAUCCUUUUAAUAACUGGUGUCCAGCCAGCACGGUUGAUCUUAGGAAUGAUGCUAACGACUGCUUUCCUGUCCAUGUGGCUGAGUAACACUGCAAGUACUGCAAUGAUGCUGCCAAUAGUGAAUGCACUCCUUCUCAGCCUAUUUGGAAAUAAGGAGGCUUCCAAGGAACCUGGCCAGCUCAGUGAAGUCACUUCAGAUGAACCUAAUCAGAACAAGAUUUGCUCGGUGUCCAGUGAAAUUCAGCAGCUGUCCCUGGAGGAAACCACGUUUUUGAAUGGAAGACCUGAUGCUGCUAAUAAGAAAAAGGAGGGCGAGUACCAGAAGCGAGUUUGGAAGGGCUUUCUUAUCGCUGUACCUUACGCUGCUAGUAUUGGCGGUACUGCAACACUUACAGGAACAGCACCAAACCUCAUCUUGAUUGGCCAGCUGAAAAGUGUUUUUCCGGGAUGUGAUGUGGUGAAUUUUGGAUCCUGGUUUCUGUUUGCAUGUCCAUUAAUGCUGCUUUUCCUGAUUCUGGGAUGGCUGUGGAUUGCUCUUUUCCAUGGAUGCUUCACUUUAAGGGUGAGAAAGAAAAAAGUUGAAGAAGAAGCAGAAUCCAGGGUAAAAUUAGUUAUACAGGAAGAUUAUAAACGACUGGGUCCAAUGCAAUUUGCUGAAGGAGCAGUAGCUUUUUUUUUCUUCAUGUUUGCUGCCCUCCUUUUCACAAGAGAUCCUAAAUUUGUCCCUGGCUGGUCCAAAUUUUUCGAGAAAGGGUAUGUUACAGAUGCAACAACUGCUGUUACUAUAGUAACUAUGCUGUUCUUUUUCCCCUCACAAAAACCUUCGUUUAAAUGGUGGUUUGACUUCAAAGCUCCAAACAACCCAAUUAAGCCUCUCAUGUCAUGGAAAAGAACUCAAGAGACUGUGCCCUGGAACAUUAUCCUGCUGUUGGGAGGAGGGUUUGCAAUGGCCAGAGGAUGUGAGGAGUCUGGCUUGUCCAUCUGGUUAGGAAGUCGCCUACAGCCCUUGCAAAAUGUGCCUCCACCUGCAGCUGUUCUGCUGAUUACAGUGGUGAUUGCCAUGUUUACCGAAUUUGCCAGUAAUACUGCAACUAUAAUAAUAUUCCUGCCUGUAUUGGCUGAAUUGGCAGUUCGACUUCAGGUGAAUCCACUGUAUCUAAUGAUACCAGGCACUGUUGGAUGCUCUUAUGCAUUUAUGUUACCAGUUUCCACACCUCCUAACUCCAUUGCUUUUUCAUCUGGACUGCUAAUGGUGAAGGACAUGGUGAAGACUGGAGUAGUUAUGAACAUUAUUGGCGUGCUGACAUUAAGUUUGGCUAUGAAUACCUGGGCCUUUUACAUCUUUGACCUUAGCACAUAUCCUGACUGGGCAAAGAACCACAUCAGUUCUAAUGGAAAUACAUCAUUAGUGGAUAUUGUAAAUGCCACUUUCUCGCCAGCUAAUGUCACACUAUGAAGUCAUGGCUGAUACUGCGACAUUUGCAAGAACUUACUAGAAAUUCACCACAUUAUUCUUCUUCUAAGUGUCACACUUAGAAAUGUUAACUGGCAAAAAUUCAAAGUACUUUAUGAGCUUUUUAUAAAAGUUCAUAUUACCACUGAAAUAAGGACAUCACUGGAAUUAGCUGUGUUAGCAGAAAGCAUGGUAUAUUCAUUUUUAUUGCAACUCUGGGAUUUGCCUACUUUUGCAGCAUAGUACAAGAAAAUCUCCCUGACGUUGCAUUAUGCUUUCUAGUUCUGCAGUGUUAAUCCAUUUCUCGGCUGUGAAAGUCAGUUUUAUAUUUCACUGCUAGUUAAAACACUUACUGUUAAACUGUGAUAUUUGUAAAUGUUUUUACCAAUGAUGCACAGAACUGAUUCUUUCAAAUAUUUUUACAGAAAUCGGAAACUUAGUGUGUAAAGUAAAAUGUUAAAUACGUGUCUUGUCUAGGAUUAAAUUUCUAUUGUUCUCAGUGUUAAACAUGCAUCUUCAAAAAUCCAAAAUGUAACUAGUGUUAAAUUAAAAUGUUAAAUAUC